AUGCCGAAAAAACCCAUCAAAAGAGGAUUUAAGGUAUGGGCAAGAUGUGACGCCAAAACUGGGUACUUGUACCAAUUGGAAGUGUAUUCAGGAAAAGGCGACAGCACCGAAAAUGAAGGGUUAGGCUACAAUGUUGUCAUGAAACUCUGCAGUAACGUACCAAGAAACACUUUAAUUGCCUUGGACAACUUUUUUACUAGCUGUAACCUCAUGGAGGAUCUUUACGAUAAAAAUAUGUAUGCAGUGGGAACAGUCAGAUGCAACAGAAAGGACUUACCUGAUAUGAUAAAAAAAAACAACCGAAACCAUUGCGUUUAG